CGGAGCCGCACUCCAGACCCAGCGCCGGGAGGAGCGCGGGGGAGCGCCAGGAAGGGGUGGCGGGGGAACGAGAGGAGGAGCAGCGGCGCUCACGCCAACCCGCAGUACCCCGCAGCUCCCCAGCGGACGGCCCCCGGUUCUGUGCAGGUCUCCGGGUCGCCGCGGGUGGCGGGUCCCGCGGGAGGGGAGCGGAGCGCAGCGGAGCCCGUGUGCGCGGGGGGCAUGGGGGUCCCGCGGCCGGAGCAGCCGGAGCGCGGGCAGCAGCGGCGGCCGCGGCAGCACCAGGUAUCUCCAUUUUGUUGAUAUCAGAAAAAGAGUGACUGAAGUUGGCAUCCUUUGUGAACCCUUCUAGCCAAAGAUUUAAGAAACUUGUCUGGAUUAAUACUGAACUGAAUGCUUCUGAACUGAAGGAAAUGUUUUGAGAUUGCUCUCCCGAUUUAAAUUGUACAGAAAUGGUACACUGAGGUCCCUGCCUGCACCUGUGGGAAGACUGUAACAGUAUUUUUAUAUCACAGUUUAUUGGCCCAUAAAAGACGAUGUAAUAACAAAUGUAACAGUAAAUUUAUGCAAUAGUAGUGGUUCCCCUCCCACUGACUGGACAUGAGUGAUCAAAGGUCUUUGCAAGAAGAUAAGCACAAGGUUAGCAGAACUUCCUCCAAGUUCAGGGAGUCUUCAAGAAGCAUGCAAUCAGACGAUUAUUUCGCUAGAAAACUUAAAGCCUUGAACAGUAGCAUGGGUCCUCCUGUUUCUUCAAAUGCCUCUAACAAAGCUGAAAAUAAUCAAACAAAUGGUACACCAGCCGUGCCUAAAAUGGGUGUUCGAGCAAGGGUAUCUGAAUGGCCUCCCAAAAAGGAUUGCUCUAAGGAGCUGAGUAAAGCUGCUUGGGAAAACAGACCUCCAGCCAGUUACGAAGGUGUUGGCUCAGUACUUCCAAAUGGACAAAACGACCAAAGUGAUGAACAGCAAGAAGAGCUAGAACUGGAGUUUACAGAGGGAAAAUAUUCAAUUGGAGAUCUUUUUGUUCAUUCACCUCAAAGGGGUCUUCAUCCCAUAAGGCAAAGAAGCAACAGUGAUGUGACAAUAAGUGAUAUUGAUGCUGAAGAUGUGUUAGACCAAAAUGCUGUUAACCCAAAUACUGGAGCAGCUCUUCACAGAGAAUAUGGCAGUACUUCUUCAAUUGAUAGACAAGGAUUGUCUGGAGAAAAUUUUUUUGCAAUGCUGAGAGGAUACAGAGUGGAAAAUUUUGAACAUAAAACCCUUGCUCCUUUUGGAUUUUCUGAGUUUUUCCACUGUGAUCCUACGGUUUCUCCGAGUCUACAUGCUGCUGCACAGAUUUCCAGGGGAGAAUUUGUCAGGAUUUCUGGGUUGGAUUAUAUGGAUAGUGCCCUACUUAUUGGUCGAGACAGGGAGAAAUCUUUCAAGAGGAGACUUAAGUCAGAAGCAGUUGAAACAUCUUUGUUUAGAAAAUUGCGAACAGUUAAAAGUGAGCACGAAACGUUUAAGUUUUCAUCGGACCUGGAUGAUAGACUUGACAGAAAUGUUCGUUCUUGGAACUGCCAGAAAUGUUUUGCACAUUAUGAUGUUCAGAGCGUUUUGUUUAACAUAAAUGAAGCAAUGGCUACCAGAGUAAAUGUAGGAAAAAGAAAAAAUAUCACCACUGGGGCCUCAGCUGCAUCACAAACUCAGAUGCCAGCAGGCCAGACUGGAAACUGUGAAUCUCCUUUGGGAAGCAAAGAGGACCUCAACUCAAAAGAGAAUUUAGAUGCUGAUGAGGGCGAUGGGAAAAGCAAUGAUUUAGUAUUGAGUUGCCCUUACUUCAGGAAUGAAACUGGUGGGGAAGGAGAUAGACGGAUUGCACUUUCUAGGGCAAAUUCAGCAUCUUUUUCUUCAGGUGAAAGUUGUUCUUUUGAGUCCUCUCUGAGUUCCCAUUGCACAAAUGCUGGUGUUUCAGUUCUGGAAGUACCAAGGGAAAACCAGUCCAUUCACAGAGAGAAAGUGAAGCGUUACAUCAUAGAACACAUUGAUCUUGGAGCAUAUUAUUACCGCAAGUUCUUCUACGGAAAAGAGCAUCAGAACUACUUUGGAAUAGAUGAAAAUCUUGGACCUGUAGCAGUCAGCAUCCGGAGAGAAAAGGUUGAAGAUGCUAAGGAGAAAGAAGGAUCUCAGUUCAACUAUCGUAUAGUUUUCAGGACAAGUGAGCUUACUACACUUAGAGGAGCAAUUUUAGAAGAUGCUAUACCAUCCACUGCUCGUCAUGGCACAGCAAGAGGUCUGCCUCUCAAAGAGGUGCUGGAGUAUGUAAUACCAGAGCUGGGCAUCCAGUGCCUUAGACAGGCUUCCAGCUCACCCAAAGUACCUGAGCAGCUGCUUAAACUGGAUGAACAAGGGCUGAGUUUUCAACAUAAGAUUGGUAUCCUUUACUGCAAAGCAGGCCAAAGCACAGAAGAAGAAAUGUAUAACAACGAGAUGGCAGGACCAGCUUUUGAAGAGUUCCUUGAUCUGCUGGGCCAGAGAGUACGGCUAAAAGGAUUCAGUAAAUACAGGGCUCAGCUAGAUAAUAAAACUGAUUCAACAGGAACUCAUUCUCUCUAUACUACCUAUAAAGAUUAUGAAUUAAUGUUUCAUGUAUCAACAAUGCUUCCGUACAUGCCCAGUAACAGGCAACAGCUGCUAAGGAAAAGGCAUAUAGGAAAUGACAUAGUUACCAUUGUCUUCCAAGAGCCAGGAGCACUUCCUUUUACUCCAAAAAAUAUUCGUUCCCACUUUCAACAUGUAUUUGUCAUUGUCAAAGUGCAUAAUCCAUGCACUGAAAAUGUGUGUUAUAGUGUUGGUGUUUCACGAUCAAAAGAUGUUCCCUCAUUUGGUCCACCCAUUCCCAAAGGAGUAACUUUCCCCAAGUCUGCAGUCUUUAGGGACUUCCUUUUAGCCAAAGUUAUUAAUGCUGAAAAUGCAGCACAUAAGUCGGAAAAAUUUCGAGCCAUGGCCACAAGGACACGUCAAGAAUACUUGAAAGAUCUGGCAGAAAACUUUGUUACCACAGCUACAGUGGAUACUUCAGCCAAGUUCAGCUUUAUUACUUUAGGGGCAAAAAAGAAGGAAAAAGUGAAACCAAGGAAAGAUGCACAUCUAUUCAGCGUUGGAGCGAUUAUGUGGAAUGUGAUUGCCCGAGAUUUUGGCCAGUCUGCUGACAUUGAAUGUCUCCUCGGAAUCUCCAAUGAGUUUAUCAUGUUGAUUGAAAAGGAAUCAAAAAAUGUUGUGUUUAACUGCUCCUGCAGAGAUGUUAUUGGAUGGACAUCUGGAUUAAUGAGCAUCAAAAUAUUUUAUGAAAGAGGAGAAUGUAUUCUUCUGUCUGCAGCAGAUAAUUGUACUGAAGACAUCAGAGAAAUUGUUCAAAGACUUGAAAUAGUGACCAGAGGAUGCGAAACCACGGAAAUGACCCUGCGGAGAAAUGGGCUGGGCCAGCUGGGAUUCCACGUGAACUUUGAAGGGAUAGUGGCAGACGUGGAGCCCUUUGGGUUUGCAUGGAAAGCAGGCCUACGGCAGGGGAGCCGCCUGGUCGAGAUCUGUAAAGUGGCUGUGGCAACUCUGACCCACGAACAAAUGAUCGACCUCUUGCGCACAUCGGUGACAGUAAAAGUGGUCAUUAUUCAACCACACGAGGAUGGAGCGCCCAGAAGGGGUUGUUCAGAACUUUGUCGUAUACCCAUGGUGGAAUACAAACUUGACAGUGAAGGCACCCCAUGUGAGUAUAAAACCCCUUUCAGAAGGAAUACCACUUGGCAUCGGGUGCCGACUCCCGCUGGGCAGCCUCUCUCUCGUGCCUCUCCAAUCCUAGGAACAUCUGACAGACUGCAGUGCCAGCAGCUUCUCCAGCAGGCUCAGACAGCCAUUCCUCGUAGCACUUCCUUUGAUAGAAAACUGCCAGAUGGUGCAAGAAGUUCUCCAAGCAACCAGUCCUCAUCCAGUGACCCAGGACCCAGCGGGAGCAGCCACUGGAGACAGCAAGUGGGAUAUGACGGAUGCCAGUCCCCUUUACUCCAUGAACAUCACCAAGGUUCAGUCUCACUGGAGUGUGAAGGAGGGAGAGAACGAGAGGAAGCUUUGGAAGGAAGUAGACAUUCUGAAGCCAAGUGGCAUGCACCAUCAACCAAAGUCCUGAGCUCCUACAAAGAGCGAGCUUUACAGAAAGAAGGCAGUGGCAAGGAGUCUCCAAACAAGCUCUCACAUAUUGGGGACAAAAGCUGUUCCAGCCACUCCAGCAGCAACACCUUAUCCAGCAAUACAUCCAGCAACAGUGAUGAGAAGCACUUUGGUUCUGGAGACCUGAUGGAUCCCGAGCUGCUUGGAUUAACGUACAUAAAGGGGGCUUCCACGGACAGCGGGAUCGAUACGGCGCCCUGCAUGCCGGCUCCCCUGCUGGCCCCGCUGCACCUGGCCGGCAGCAGGUCCGCAGUGCACUGCCACACGGAGCAGUGGCCGGAGCCUUCGGAGCCUCCCGGGCCCGACGAGGAUCCAGCUAAGAUCUAUGCUGUCCAUAGCUAUGCCUCUGCUAUCUCUGCUAGCCACACGGCUGAGGGCAGCAUGGGAGACCUGAGCGAAAUCUCCUCUCAUUCCAGUGGGUCACAUCAUUCAGGAAGCCCAUCAACACACUGCUCUAAAAAGAGUGGCUCCCUAGAUACCUCCAAAGUUUAUAUUGUGUCGCAGAAUAGUAGUCAACAGAUGUCUGGGUCGAUUUCAAAACCCUACCACAGACAAGGAGCAGUGAGUAAAUAUGUCAUUGGAUGGAAAAAAUCGGAAGGAAGUCCUACACCUGAAGAAUCUGAAGUUUCAGAAUGUCAUGAAGUGUAUGAUGAUAUUGAUGCUGUGUCUGCAUCGAGUCCACUCCAAACUUCUGUCAGGAAUGCUAUUGUUGAAAGCCAGCAAGUCUUGUCCAAAGAAGAUUUUCUGAAGUUGAUGCUGCCAGACAGCCUCUCUGUGGAGGAAGGGAGAAGAAAGUUUUCGUGUUAUGGAAACCUUUCCCCACGGAGGACGCUUUACCGCACCCUCUCUGAUGAAAGCAUAUGUAGCAAUCGAAGGGGAUCUUCCUAUGCCAGCUCUCGAAGCUCAAUGAUAGACCAGGCCUUGCCAAAUGACAUCUUGUUCAGCACUACUCCACCAUACCACAGCACAUUGCCUCCCAGAAUGAGCCUGACUCCUGGAAUGGGAAAUCUGAGAAAUGAAUUCUGGUUCUCAGAUGGGUCCUUAUCUGAUAAAGCCAAAUUCAAUGAUCCUGGCCUGAUGCCCCUGCCAGACACUGCCACAGGGCUAGACUGGUCUCACCUGGUAGAUGCUGCACGAGCGUUUGAAGGUUUUGACUCAGAUGAAGAAUUUGGGCCGUUCUGUCAUCAGACGCCGUUUCUAGACCAGAGAGUAGCAUCUUUUUGCACCUUGAAUGAUAUGCAGCAAGCUCAGGGCUUGGAAGGAGCACAGGAGUUACCUUUGGAUGAGAGUCCCCCAGAUGGAAAAGAUUUUCUUGAGGAUGCGGGGGAACAUGCUCCAAGUACUCUGACUGGAAAAGUAAACCAGCUGGAAGUCAUCCUCCGGCAGCUACAAACUGACCUGAGAAAGGAAAAACAGGACAAGGCAGUUCUCCAAGCAGAGGUGCAGCACCUGAGACAAGAUAACAUGAGACUUCAGGAAGAGUCUCAAACAGCAGCUGCUCAACUGAGGAAAUUUACAGAAUGGUUUUUUAAUACGAUAGACAAAAAAUCCUAAUGGCUGGGGCCCUGCAAAAUACCUAUUUGAACAAUGUAACAGCUGUAUCUUUGAAUUAGCGGGGUAAUAAUUUCACUGUGUUCACAAUCCAUUUUAGGUGUUUCUGCUACAUUUUCUGUCCAGCUUUAUUCAUCUGAAAAGGAGAGAGAACUGUGGCAACCCGUCUUUAAAUUCAUAUGAAGAAAGCAGAGAAUAGCAGAUACUUGUUUGUGUGCAGAUGAAUGUAAAAAAUCCUUAGUGUCAUUUUAGACAUUUUUAGAAGUUGCUCUGGCUGGGGCUUGCCUGAAGAGGAAUAUUUGGGGUUUUAGUUCCUGCAUUUCAGGUGUGCUGGUGAAGAUGUUAAAGCAAUUUAAAUUAGCUUGGGCUUCAGUAUUGUAAGAUAAAAAGAAUAACCAGACAUAUACUUUAAUGUUUAAAAGGUGCUCUAUUUUUUUGUAUGUACAGUAGUUUUAUUUCCACAGUCCACAUUGUCAUAGCAAUAAGAAUGGAGGUAUAGUGAAUAGUCACAGAGCUGUGUUUAUAAAAUGUUAGCACUGACGUGUUUAACACUAGUUUGGAUGCAGAUACAUUAGAGAUUAUUUAUUUGCAGGAACAAAUGGUGCCUGAAUAUAAACAGUGUUCUGAUUUUCUAAAAAUACACAUGCCUUGUAAAUGGCUCACUGGGGUUAGCCCACUCCCAACUUCAGUUACUUUUGUAUAGUUGAUGUUCAGCUAAACAGCUACACUGCUUAACUAUUGAAAUCAUGUAUGCUGUGAGCCAGCCAAUCAGUUGUACAAUGCCAAAUUUGUUUAUCUUUGUACAGAAGCUUUGAUCAAGUGUCUUGUAUUUAACACCUUUAUUUAAGCUUAUUUAACCUUAAAUUGUUGUUUUUAUAAAGUUUGUUUUAUCUGCACUAUGGUGAGGUCAGUUGGUUGCAAGUUGUAAUAUUUUGAGCUUGCCAAGACUGUACGGAGGAGUUCUAGAAAAUUCUAACAAUUGGAUGCUGCUAGUACACAUUUGAUUUGUUUGUAUGCUUUAACAUUUUUAACUGUUUAAUUUGAAAUGAACAUACAUCCUGCUUUUUUAAUAAAUGUUAAAAAUCUAAACCUGAAUAUUUUAUCUUGUAUUAUC